AUGCAGAUCUUUGUGAAGACACUAACAGGAAAGACUAUAACGCUGGAGGUAGAGCCGGGAGAUACAAUUGAGAAUGUUAAGGCGAAGAUCCAAGACAAAGAAGGAAUUCCGCCAGAUCAACAGAGAUUGAUCUUUGCAGGAAAGCAGCUUGAGGACGGAAGGACUCUAUCUGAUUACAACAUACAAAAGGAGUCUACACUCCACCUGGUGCUAAGGCUCCGGGGAGGAGGGGCAAAGAAGAAGAAGAAAGACUUUUCAACACCAAAGAAAGUUAAGGCGCCCCACGCAAAGAAAGGGCUGUCAUGGCUGGACAACUUCACGGUCACGGAAGAUAAGGUUAAGGUGAAUCUGGUCUCGUGCGAGGCAUGUGGGGUGGAGAUUUUCUGCAGAAAGACGGCGUCUGGCCUCAAGUGUGGAAAGUGCAACCGGGUUUACAGCGAGGGCGUUACUAGCAAUUAA